AUGCCAACUGGGAGUGGUAAAACCAUCUGCUAUGCAGUGCCUGCGCUAAUGAAGCCCAAAGUAACUGUGGUAAUAUUUCCCCUGCUUGCAUUGUUGCUUGAUCAAGUGGAAAGGAUGCGAUCACAAGGUUUAAAUUUUUGUUUCUUUAUGUCAGACAUGGAUGAAGCAGAAAGAGAAAUACGUUACGCUUUUGAAGAUCGCUGAGGAGGACUCAUGUUGAAAGAAAAACGUUGUGGUCUUUGGCACAAUUGAGGUCGAGAAAAACUCAACAAUGUUUUUGACAGGAGCCUUUCAAAUUAAUUAAAAAAAUGUAAUUGAUGAAGCCCAUUGCAUUGACACCUGGGGCUUCCAUUUCCGCCCAAGCUAUUCAGAGCUUUCGAAGCUGCAGACAUCUGGGUGUCCCAUUUUUGCCCUGACAGGAACAGCGACAUGACGAACUGAGCAGGUGAUUUUGAAUAGUUUAAGACUCUCUCUAGAAGAGACCAAGGUCAUCAGACAGCCUUCAAACCGCCCAAAUCUUCUUUUCCAUGUGGUGGCAAAGAAAGCAGAUGGCAAAGAGGCAAUUGUGUCACUUGUCAAAAAGGAAUUCCCAGAACAGUGUGACAUUAUCUACUGUGUAGAAAGAAAAGACACCAUUGAUAUUGCCUAUCAUUUGAAAACAGCAGGUGUUAAUGCUGUAUUUUUUCAUGCUGGGAUGGAUGUUAAAUCAAAACAAGAAACUGUGGAAUCAUGGAAGUUGGGUGCUGCGCAUUUCAUUUAUGCAACUGUUGCAUUUGGGAUGGGCAUUAACAAACCUGAUGUAAGAUUUGUCGUACACCACAGUAUGCCCAAGGAUUUGGAAAGUUACGUUCAAGAAUACGGUCGGGCGGGAAGAGAUUGCAAUGAUGCGCACUGUUAUAUCUUCUUUAGGUUUGAAGAAAGAACAAAACACUUGCCCAAUAUCUCAUCGCUACCAGAUGGGGAUCGCAAAUGGGUGUCCUUGAACGGUCUGAAUGAUAUGGUCAAGUACUGUAUUAUCCCAGUUUGUAGAAGGCAACAGAUCGCAUCUUAUUUUGGUGAUGGUGGGGCUGGAAUAAACUGUGACAAGUCAUGUGACAUUUGUUCAAGUGGUAAUUUGGAACAUCCCAUAGACUUCAGUGAUGAUGCUAUUCAAAUUUUAAACUGUGUCGAUUCUAUGCGGCAGCUACAGCCAAAAGUGACAACAAAGUUGUUGGUAUUAACAUUCCAUGGAUCAAAGUCAAAUGCUGUUAUUUCAAAAGGCUUAGAGAAUGUCAACGAGUAUGGCAAGGGCAAAAACAAGUUUAGCGAGAAAGGAUUACUGAAGUUCAUACAGUGCUUGAUCAUUAAAAACAUUGUGCAUGAACAACUACCCUCUGCAAAUGAGAACAGCACAACACCAUACUUAGAGGAAUAA